AACGAAAAGUCUGUACUUAAGGCAACUAAACCUAGAAAAACGGUGAAUGUCGCAACCAACAUUCCCGACUCCAUCAAUUGGGUUGAAAAAGGUGCGGUUUUGCCAGUGAGAGACCAAAAAGAUUGUGAAAGCAGCUAUGCAAUCAGUGCGGUAGAAGGCAUAGAAGGCCAAAUAUUUAUCAAAUACAAUGAAACAAUUGCUCUUAGUGCACAACAACUGGUAGAUUGUGGAGUUUAUCCCAAUGGUUGUUUGGAAGAACCCGUUAGAGAUACUCUCGAUUAUCUUGUAGACACAGGUUUGACAACCGAAGCAGAUUAUCCGUACACCGGGGUCCAAGGAAAAUGCAUUCGUGGAAAUAGGUCUGUGCAUAUAAGAGGCUACUUUUUCUUAAGUAACGAUGAAAUUGACCUGAAAAAUCAAGUAGCUACGGUUGGACCAAUCUCUGUCACCCUUAAUACUCAUCAAUGGCAGUCUUACGGGAAAGGAAUCUUUGAUAACCCUGAAUGCUCUGCUUCCGUAAUAAAUCAUUCUGUUCUGGUUGUUGGAUAUGGAUCGGAAAAUGGUCAGGAAUAUUGGUUGAUCAAGAAUUCUUGGGGAACCUCCUGGGGAGAGGACGGUUAUAUCCGAUUGGCAAGGAACAAAAAUGGUCAGUGCGGAAUAGGUUUAUAUUCCUGCUACCCUGUCGUGUAGAAAGAAUUAUGACUAUUUCAUUUUCAUGUUAACAGUGUUAAUAAAAGUCAUUUGAAAAAACCUA